UUUUUUGGACAAGACGAUAAAGUUUCUGGAAAAGGUAACUGUAACUCGAAAUUAUUCACCAUCUAUGUCGUCCACCUCGAGAGAUUCAAGACCAUAAAGAAGACAAGUGUCAUAAAAGUUCUCACCUUUAUGAAACUAUGUGUCCACCAUAAGAUUCCUUCCUAAUAUCCUCUCUGCUCAUGAUAUAGACAUUAGAGAUUUCUUCAGAGGUUUUCUCUUGAAGUGUUUAACAAUGGCUCAUCAAUCUCUUCACUCUCCGACCAACCCACAUUUCUUCCAGCCUCUCCUUCCAGGCUUCCACACAUACCUCAACAUUCCUGUAGCUUUCUUCUCGAAACACGUUGAAGGAAGUAACGACCAUAUCAAAACUGCUAAACUGAGAACAGAUGCCUCAGCUAAAACAUGGUUAGUGGAGAUGGACGGCUUGAAACUCACAGAUGGGUGGGAAGAUUUUGCAGUAGCGCAUGAUCUACGGAUUGGUGACAUCAUCAUUUUCAGACAUGAAGGAAAGAUGGUGUUUCAUGUCACGGCUUUUGGACCAAGUUUAUGUGAAUUUCAAUAUACUUCAGCAUCAUCUCACAACAUCAAUGAUGUCAGUGAUGAUGAUCACACCAACAAAACUGUUACAGGAAACAGUUCAGGAGAGAAGAGAAAGAGAGUCAAGAAGAAUCCAAGAACGAAAGAAGAGUCUUCAUCAGAUCAUUCUCAUUUUGUGGCACAUGUCACACCCUCAAGUCUAAGUUGUGAUCGACUGUAUGUACCAAAGGGUUUUGCUAUGUCAAACGGUCUGGACAACAUGAGCGGUAAGGAGAUCGUUCUUCUUAACGAGGAAGGAAAAUCAUGGAAUUUGAAUAUUACAUACAACGAAUCAGGCAUGCAUACAUUUGUCAGACCUGGUUGGAGAAGAUUCUGCGCUGAAAAUGGGAUAAGCCAAGGUCAUCACUGUACAUUUGAACUGGUCCCAAAAUCUGCACCACCAGUCCUUCGCUUGUCCCGUGCAGAACAUGUUCCAAAACCAGCUCCAGAAUCUUCACUACACCAUUCUUAUUAUGUGGGAUCUGUCUCUUCUAAUAGCUUAAGAAUUGAUAAACUGUAUCUUCAGAUGAAGUUUGUGACUGCAAAUGGUAUGAAGAAAGGAUUCAGUGAGAUAAUUCUAAAGAAUGAAUGGGGAGGAAGAUGGAGUGUACGUUUGAGACACUACGCAUCAAGCAACCACACUUAUCUGGGACCAGGCUGGAAAACUUUCUGUCAAGUAAACGGGAUCAAAGCUGGAGAUCCCUUUAUGUUUAAACUAGUUGAAACUGGGGACAAGCCUGUUCUCUUGUUGUGCAGUUCCAACCGUGGGGAAACGCCGUUAGAGUGUUCAGAAGAUAGUGAUGAUGUAAACUCCCUCUCCUCAGAUACUAGCAGCGGAGAUGACAGUAGAGAAGAAUCCCAAGAAAGUGAAGAGGAGAGUCUUGAAGACGAUAGCAGCUCGAAGGAUUGCGUUGAGAUGGAGAAAAGGAAGAGUAGCUUGAGAUUCAAAUAUAGUAAACACCGUUUUGUGAGAUUAACUCUUACACAGAACGCUCUUAAAACCUCUGUACAACAUCUUCCGUUGGGUUUCACGCGGGUGAAUGGCAUCAACAGGUCAAGAAAGAUAAUGCUGUUAGGUAAAGAUGGAGUGAAGAAAUGGGUGGUGGAUCUUUUGAAGAACAAAUCAACUGGAGCCAUGCGAAUUAGAAAAGGAUGGAGGGAGUUGUGUGAUGCUCAUGGUGUAAAGGUAGGAGAGUCCUUUCUGUUGGAACUCAUUCGAUAUGAAGAAGCAAUUCCUGUGCUUAAAAACUCUGUGUCCACCAUAAGAUUCCUUCCUAAUAUCCUCUCUGCUCAUGAUAUAGACAUUAGAGAUUUCUUCAGAGGUUUUCUCUUGAAGUGUUUAACAAUGGCUCAUCAAUCUCUUCACUCUCCGACCAACCCACAUUUCUUCCAGCCUCUCCUUCCAGGCUUCCACACAUACCUCAACAUUCCUGUAUCUUUCUUCUCGAAACACGUUGAAGGAAGUAACGACCACAUCAAGACCGCUAAACUGAGAACAGAUGCCUCCCCUAAAACAUGGUUAGUGGAGAUGGACGGCUUGAAACUCACAGAUGGGUGGGAAAAUUUUGCAGUAGCGCAUGAUCUACGGAUUGGUGACAUCAUCAUUUUCAGACAUGAAGGAGAGAUGGUGUUUCAUGUCACGGCUUUCGGACCAAGUUUCUGUGGCAUUCAGUAUACUUCAGCAUCAUCUCACAACAUCAUUGAUGAUAGUCAAGAUCAGACCAACAAUACUGUUACAGGAAACAGUUCAGGAGAGAAGAGAAAGAGAGUCAAGAAGAAUCCAAGAACGAAAGAAGAGCCUUCAUCAGAUCAUUCUCAUUUUGUGGCACAUGUCACACCCUCAAGUCUAAGUUGUGAUGGACUGUAUGUACCAAAGGGUUUUGCUAUGUCAAACGGUCUGGACAAUAUGAGCGGUAAGGAUAUCGUUCUUCUUAACGAGGAAGGAAGAUCAUGGAAUUUGAAUAUUACAUACAACGAAUCAGGCAUGCAUACAUUUGUCAGACCUGGUUGGAGAAGAUUCUGCGCUGAAAAUGGGAUGAACCAAGGUCAUCACUGUACAUUCGAACUUGUCCGAAAAUCUGCACCACCAAUCCUUCGCUUGUCCCGUGCAGAACAUGAUCCAAAACCAGCUCCAGAAUCUUCAUUACACCAUUCUAACUAUGUGGGAUCUGUCAGUUCUAAUAGCUUAAAAAAAGAUAAACUGUAUAUUCAGAGGAAGUUUGUGAAUGCAAAUGGUCUGAAAGGACUCAGUGAGAUAGUUUUAAAGAAUGAAUGGGGAAGAAGCUGGAAUUUAGGUUUGAGAUACUACGAGUCACUCAACCAUACUUAUCUUGGACCAGGCUGGAAAACUUUCUGCCAAGUAAACGGGAUCAAAACUGGAGAUUCCUUUAUGUUUAAAGUGGUUGAAACUGGGGACAAGCCUGUUCUCUUGUUGUGCACUACCAACCGUGGCAAAACACCAUUAGAUUGUCCAGAAGAUAGAGAUGAUGCAAACUCCCACUCCUCAGAUACUGGCAGCGGAGAAUUGCAAGAAAGUGAAGAGGAGAGUCUUGAAGACGAUGGCAGCAGCUCAGAGGAAAGCUUUGAGAUGGUGAAAAGGGAGAAUAGCUCGAGAUGCAGAGCUUCAUCUUCAUAUAGUCAAGACCGAUUUGUGAAAUUAACUCUUACACCGAGAGCUCUUAAAACCUACAAACUGAUGCUCCCGCUGGAUUUCACGCGGGUGAAUGGCAUCAACAAGCCAGGGAAGAUAACUCUGUUAGAUAAAGAUGGAGCGAUAAAAAAGGUGGUGGAUCUUUUGGACCAGAACAGAAACAUCGGAAUAAUGCGACUUGGAAAAGGAUGGAGAGAGUUCUGUGAUGCUCAUGGCGUAAAGGUAGGACAGUCCUUUCUUUUGGAACUCAUUUGGGAGGAUGAAGAAGCCAUUCCGGUGCUUAAGUUCUGUACCAAACUUUGAGACUGUUGUCCUGUGGUGUGUGAGACACGACAAUAUUUUCUAUCUAUCUGUCAAGUUUCUUGUUGACUGCAUAUUAUUCUACUUA